AGCAUCUUCAUCAUCAUGGCAGCACCAGGAAGCAUGGCCAAUGGGGUGCUUGUGUUCAUGCCCCCAAACAGCGCUGGCAUCAUCCACCAAGGCCAGGGAGUCUCUGGUGACAUUCCCCAGACUCCUGAGAUGGUGCAAUAUGGGCCUCAGCAGUUCACAGUCAUGAACCCUGGGAAUGAACCUCUUGGGUCAAUGUACCCCAGGAGUCCCGCUGAACAGGUCGCGCAGCUAAGAAAAGUAGGGAUGAUGGAGAUAUUCCUCAAAGCACAGCCCAAGACCCUUGGGGCCAUCCAGAUCUUGAUUGGGCUGAUACACAUCGGCUUUGGAGGUGUCUCUACAACUUUCAUUAAAUACAUUUCUGUCUCUGGCAUCGUGGGAUACCCGUUCUGGGGAGGAAUUGUUUUCAUCAUUUCUGGAUCCCUCUUGGUUGCAGCUGAGAAUCGUGGCAACAUCUGUCUGGUGAGAAGCUGCCGGGAAAUGAACAGAAUUAGUGCCCUCUUCUCAGCCCUUGGGAUCAUUCUCUUUCUAACGGAGCUGAUUAUUAAUGCGUCACUUUAUUAUGAGAAACAUCAUUGGUUGAAUGCUUUGAAGGGUAUCACGGUCAUGCUGUUCUUGUUGUCCAUCCUGGAAUUCUCCAUCGCUGUCUCAACCUCGUACUUUGCAUCCCAAGCCAUCCGGUAUACCCCCAACACCGCCAUGUUGUUCAGGCCAUAUGCUGCCAAUGAAAACUUUGGGGUUACCUCCGCACCAAUACCCCCUCCACCACCUUACACCAAUGAGGCGUAUGACCCCAAAGAAGAGACUGAGUAAUGAGCCUCAUAAGGAACUCCUACAAGAGAUGGCUCCAGCAGCAGCUCCUCUGAGAAGUAAAACCCAACCCUAUCCUGCAUGAUAGAUCUCAUUCCAUUUUCUGAGUGCAGUUCUAGAACCCAGCUCCAUUGUUCAUCUCACAGGGAACUCAUUUCAGUCUGCUUCUCCCUGGCUCCACACCAUUUGUAGUUCACGCUACACAGAAUGAAAUAAAGUGAUAACUCACCAACA